GGUCUCUAUCAGUUGCUGGUGGGAGGUGGUGGAGGUUGCCACCACCACGGCCUUUCAUCUCUCUCUCACUCACAGCAUCCUUUUUUUGCGCAAAGCUUUUGCAGCAAUCAAUCUUCCACUUAAAAGAUAAGGAGAAAGAGAAUGAGAGAGAUGGAUAAUUAGGGCAUGUGUGAGUUGUUUGUACUCAUUUGUUGCAUUGCUUCUUAUUUAACCCUCUCUCUUCUCUGUAUUUCCAUUCCACAAACCUUUCCUUUUCCCUUUCCUUUCUUUUCUUUUUCCAACCCUCGGGAUCUGAUCUCUCCCUCGCUCCUUCUCUCUCUGCACAGCCCGCACGACAAUUUUCCAGAGUGCAACAUUGGAAGUGAGUUACAAAAGCAAGCUCUAAAGUGUCUCAUCUGUUUGUUGAUUGGUGGAUACAAGUUGGGUUCAACCAGAUCUGAGGAGGCUUAAGUUGGAUAGAGUUUUUUACUCUAGAGGCUUAUCAAGCUCGUGUUGCCACAGUCCCGAUUUGUGGUUGGAAGAAUAUGAAUACCUUUUCACAUGUUCCCCCCGGUUUUAGAUUCCACCCCACGGAUGAAGAACUUGUCGAUUACUACCUUAGAAAAAAGGUUGCUUCGAGAAGGAUUGAUCUAGAUGUCAUUAAAGAUGUUGAUCUCUACAAAAUUGAGCCAUGGGAUCUUCAAGAGUUAUGCAAAAUAGGCACUGAAGAGCAGAAUGAGUGGUAUUUCUUUAGCCAUAAAGAUAAGAAGUAUCCAACUGGAACUCGAACUAAUAGAGCUACAAAAGCCGGAUUCUGGAAAGCUACUGGAAGAGAUAAGGCUAUUUACUGUAAGCAUAGCUUGAUUGGCAUGAGAAAGACUUUAGUCUUUUACAAAGGUCGAGCCCCAAAUGGACAAAAGUCAGAUUGGAUCAUGCAUGAGUAUCGACUGGAAACAAAUGAAAACGGGACUCCUCAGGAAGAAGGAUGGGUCGUUUGUAGGGUAUUCAAGAAGAGAAUGGCAACAAUGCGGAAAGUGGGUGAACAUGGGUCACCAUGUUGGUAUGAUGACCAAGUUUCAUUCAUGCCAGAUCUUGAUUCCCCAAGGCGGAUUUCUCAGCCUUACACUUCCUUCCAGCAUCAUUAUUCCUGCAAACAAGAGCUCGAGCUGCCCUACAAUAUGCCUCAUGACCCUUACCUCCAGCUUCCUCAGCUAGAAAGCCCCAAACUUCCACAGUCAGCUGCUAGCGUUAGCUGCAAUUCGGUGGCUCCAUAUGGUUUUGAUAGGCACAACGGAAGCACUUUGCAGUCCUCCACCCUCACACAAGAGGAGCAUAUACAGCAAAGCUAUCAACAAAACAUGAGCUCUCUUUACAGCAGCAACAAUGAGCAAGCAGUGGAUCAGGUAACGGAUUGGCGAGUCCUUGACAAAUUUGUUGCAUCUCAGCUAAGCCAUGAUCAAGACGCAUCUAAGGAAACCAACUACUCCAAUGCAGCUGUCCCUACUUUUCAUGUUGCUGAUCAUAUGAACUUGCUAGUGAAUGAUUCCAAAAGGCCAGAAAUUGCUCAAGAAUAUGCUUCAACAUCAACGUCCAGUUGCCAAAUCGAUCUGUGGAAGUGAAGACAAAAUAAUAGUAAUUAGACCAUACAUACUAAUUAUAGCAAGUACAGUUCUAAAAGAAAAGAACGGUUGAUCGAUAUCCAGGUUGCUGUACAUAAUAAAGCUGCAAUGGUAAUGCUCUAGCUACUGGACGUCUGGUACCCUUCAUAUCGAUUGAUAUUACUAGGCAACUAGAUAGAAUAGAGAUGCCUAUUUGAAAUAAAUGAAAAUAUUUAGAUGGACUGUAUGGCCAAGUACUCUAUUGAAUCGACUUGGUGAGUGUUGAAUGUAUUUUCCUUUGUUUCAGCUUAAUUUGCAUUUAAAAGGGAUUUAUUUUGUAA